GUUACGAAACUGGUUGGUUUAAUAUAAUUGAUGAAGUUGCAGGCCUGCUUUCUUUUUGGUGAAAGUCUGCAAAUUUCAGACCUCCGGUUCGCUUUCCUCCGUUCCUGUUUCUGCCUUGAAACUAUGGAAGUGGUUGACGUCACGAGCAGGAUGGACGGCAAUGAGCUAUUGUUUAGGAGUGAUGAUCAUCAACCCAAAGAAGACUGGAAUUUAUUUAUGCUUAACAAUCCGAGAUCUAAUUUGGAGUACUCCAUAGUUUCCACUUCUUCCUCUGUCGUCGAGACAAUCCACCGGAAUGUUUCCAAUAAUUCUCUACCGGUACAGACGAUGGAUAAUUCAAAAAAGAAGAAAACGGCAGGUCGAAGAAAGGUGGCAAUGAAGAAGAUUGAAGAUAAAAGGAAGCGCCAAGUUACGUUUUCUAAGCGCCGACAAGGCCUCUUUAAGGCUGCGAGUGAGGUGUGCGUACUCUGCGGCGUGGAGAUCGUCAUUGUUGUCAAGUCUCCUGGCAACAACUUCUUUUGCUUCGGUCAUCCCAGCUCGGACUCCAUCAUUGACAGCUACCUCACCGGCCAAGGCUCUUCAGUAGUCAAGGGUUCUCCUCCGCCAGCAUGUGGCGGCAGCGGAGGGUCCUGGUGGGAGCAGCCUAUUGAUGCAAUGACAUUGGAGGAGUUGGAGCAAUUUCAAGCUGAACUGGACAAUUUGAAACAAGAAGCUUCACUUCUGGUAGAUGUUGAUGUAUAAAUAUAUUUUUUUUCUUUCUUUCUUCUAUUGGGUUGACUGAUGAGAUAAGACUUUUUGCAUUAAAUCCAUAUAAAUUCACUUUAGGGUUAACUGAUGAGAUAAUCUGUAACUAAUUUUUUUUUUUUUACCACAUACAGUGAGUGCAUCCAUAUAGCUACAUGUGAUUCAUAAUUAUAACAUUCAUUCCUUAUCACU